CGGAGCUACAUCAACGAAUCCCAUUCACCAUAUUUCUGAAGUUGCCAGGUCGUUGAUCAAGUAGCUGAAAGUUCACUUAAUUCGAACCUCUAUAUAUACUUGGUCUCUUUUCAGAAAGUUGGCGCAGAGGCACAGUUAGCUUCUCAGCCGACCCCUCUGUUUGCUGCUAUAUUAAAACCCUGAGCCAGUGAGGUGAUCGCCCCAUUUCCCAUGGCGAAUCCUGCACGAGUUGGUGCCUAUUCCAUCCUCCUGCCAUCUGCACCUCACCAGGCCGUCCGCCUCCCGGCGGCUGCUCCACCAUCUGUGUCAAAGUGUGAGUUGCAGAUGCACCAUCAUGGAAGAAACAAGCCUCCGCGCGUCAGCCUCGCCUGCUCAGCCUCCAACCUUCCUUGCACCGAACCAGCAUAUGUCCUCAAGGCAAUGUUGGCGGAAGAAACUAUAGGACCGCGCAGUGAUGUGGAACGGGAUGCUAGAAUACGAAAGCAUCUCAAAAACCCUGAACUCUCGCCGUCUGCGUAUGACACGGCAUGGGUGGCUAUGGUGCCAUUGCCGGACUCCGAUCCGCAGGCUCCAUGCUUCCCUCAGUGUGUUGAAUGGAUAUUGCAAAAUCAACACUCUAGUGGGUCUUGGGGAAUCAACGAAUUUGGCUUAUUAGCCAACAAGGAUAUUAUGUUAUCCACAUUGGCCUGUAUCAUUGCACUUCAUAAGUGGAACGUUGGCUCCGACCACAUAAGGAGAGGAUUAGAAUUUAUUGGAAGCAAUUUCUCCACUGUCAUGGAUGAUCAAAUUGUUUCUCCAGUAGGCUUCAAUCUCAUUUUCCCUGGUAUGCUUAACCAUGCUUUCGGGAUGCGUUUGAUAAUUCCAGUCACAGAAGCUGAUAUCAAUGGGAUACUUCACCUCCGUGAGAUGGAGCUGACAAGAUUAAGUGAGGAGAAAUCGUGUGGGAAAGAUGCAUAUUUGGCCUAUGUUGCUGAAGAAGGGUUAGUAAACCUGCUGGACUACAAUCAAGUGAUGAAGUUCCAGCGAAAGAAUGGGUCGUUGUUCAACUCUCCUGCCGCAACUGCUGCUGCAUUAGUGCACUACUAUGAUAAUAAAGCUCUCCAGUACCUCGACUCCAUUGUCAGUAUAUUUGGUGGUGCAGUACCAACAGCGUACCCACAGAAUAUAUAUUAUCAGCUCUCAAUGGUGGAUAUGCUCGAAAAGAUCGGAAUAUCUCGCCAUUUUUCCAGUGACAUAAACAGCAUCCUGGACAAGGCAUACAUUUCCUGGUUACAGAGAGACGAGGAGAUCAUGCAAGAUGUAGAAACAUGUGCAAUGGCGUUUCGCCUUUUACGGAUGAAUGGUUAUGAUGUGUCGUCAGAUGACUUGUCCCAUGUUGCUGAAGCCUCCACUUUCCAUAGCUCACUUGAAGGAUAUUUAAAUCAUACAAAAUCUUUAUUGGAGUUAUACAAGGCUUCAAAAGUAUGUUUGUCAGAAAAUGAAUUGAUCCUGGAGAACAUAAGCAACUGGUCAGGCCACUUAUUGGCAGAGAAAUUGCGCUGUGAUGGGACACAAAGAAUGCCAAUUUUUGGAGAGGUAGAAUAUACUCUUAAAUUUCCCUUUUAUGCGACAGUAGAACCUCUAGACCAUAAGAGGAACAUUGAACAUUUUGAUUCUAGGGUUACUCAGCAGCUAAAGAGAAAAAACAUGCCAUGUCAUGUCAAUCAAGAUCUUCUAGAUUUUGCCGUUGAAGAUUUCAGUUUUUCUCAAUCUAUAUACCAGGAUGAACUCUGCCACCUCGAGAGUUGGGAGAAAGAAAACAGGCUGGAACAGCUUAAAUUUCUACGCAAGGGGAGUCUGAUAAAUUGUUAUCUCUCUGCUGCUGUCACCCUAUCCACUCAUGAACUCUCUGAUGCUCGCAUUGCAUGUGCGAAAACUAUUGCGCUCGUACUUGUUACUGAUGACUUCUUUGAUGUUGGAGCAUCGAAAGAAGAACAAGAAAACCUCAUAGCAUUAGUAGAGAAGUGGGAUCACCAUGACGAAGUUGAGUUCUGCUCUGAGCAAGUAGAAAUAGUAUUUUCUGCUUUUUAUAGUACAGUUAAGCACAUUGGAGAAAUGGCUUCCGCAGUGCAAAAGCGCGAUGUUACAAAACACCUGAAUGAAACAUGGCUACAUUACUUGAGGUCUGCAGCGACUGAGGCGGAAUGGCAACGGAAUCAAUAUGUGCCAACAGUUGAGGAAUACAUGAUAGAAGCGGUUAACUCAUUCGCAGAGGGGCCCAUUAUGCUAACAUCACUAUACUUUGUCCAACAAAAACUCGAGGAGUACAUAAUCAAAGACCCGGAGUACCAUGAGUUGCUUAGAAUAAAGGGCAACUGUGGCCGUCUCCUGAAUGAUACUAGGGGCUUCGAGAGGGAGUCCAGUGAGGGAAAACUGAACAUCAUCUCACUGCUUGUUCUUCAGAGUGGAGGUUCCAUGUCCAUAGAAGCUGCUCAAGAGGCGGUACAGGAGUCUAUAGCCUCAUGUCGGAGAGACCUGCUAAGGAUGGUUGUUGGAGAAGACCGUGUAGUUCCUAGGGUAUGCAAGGAGGUGUUCUGGAGGUUUUGCAGGACAGUUCACUUGUUCUACUGUCAGACUGACGGAUUUUCCUCGCCCAAGGAAAUGCUCCGCACGAUGAACGCAAUAUUCCGAGAGCCACUCAAACUCCAACAUACCAGUCCUUUGGAUGCUCAGUCAGAACAAUAAUCAAGCAUUCCUUAUGGUAUUGUCAUGAUUCUCACACCGA